UUCCAGCUAGAGGCGACUAGUCGCGAAAUGCUGAAGAUGUUGAUUCCCGUGGCGAGUUUAGUUUUGGCUCUCGUGGGAGCGGUGGCGGGCGCUCCCGGGUUCAAGUUUUCAGGCGUCGGCGGCUGCUGCGGCAGCGGUAUCGGCUUCUCGGGUUUGGCGGGCGGUGGAUCAUACGGCGGCGGUGGUGGUGGUGGACAUGGUGGAGGAACCGUCACGGGCGGAUAUUUCGGGGGAUUUGGAGGCGGCUAUGGUGGAUUUGGAUCUUCUGCAACUGCAGCGGGAGGAGGCGUUUAUGGAGGAGGUGGAGGAAUUGGCUCUCAUUAUGGGAAAUAGUUCGUCAACAAAUGAGGCUACAACUUGGCCUAAGUCUAGCACGUAGCGAAGGGACAAUAUACAGUUUAAGCAGCACUACGACCGGAUGACCUCUCUUAUUCGACAGUCCUCUCCGCUUACCACGAAAUUCUUCAUUGCGUCGUGCAUCCCUGGGGUAAAAAAAUUGCGUCAUGCGUAGUCCGUAGCAAAAAAAAAACUUAAUAUAGAGUUCUAUUUGGUGAUCCUGACCUCAAAGUCUUAUUUUUUAGUUUAUUUAUAAGAUCUCACUGCGAAAAUCGGACUUCCUCCGACAUUCCCAGAAAUUUGGAUCCUCCGAUAUAUAACUCUAAAAAAACAUAAAAGUUAUUGAGCGUAUCCAUGGCCUGUCAAUUCAUUUCUCAGGUUUGAUUAUUCACUGUUUAAAAUCGUUAAACAUUUCUUUCCUCAAUAAAAGGUACCACAACAA